ACGGGGCUCGAACAGUGACCAAGUAAGGAGAACAGAGCCGGGCUCUGUAACUACCACGUUCAGAGUCAAUUAAGGAAAGUAGAGCUGGUCUCUAUAACAGCUGUAUAACGUUAAACUAUCACCAGCACCAGUUAUCGCUCAACAAGCCCUUCCCCCAGGUUGCUGUGCUCUGCGGCCAUGCCCUCAGACCUUGCUAAGAAGAAGGCUGCAAAGAAGAAGGAGGCAGCCAAAGCUCGUCAGCGUGUCAAAAAGCAUGAGGAGGUGAACGUGGAGGCAGAGCAAACGGAGGAAAAUGGAGUGGUUCCAAAUGGCGAAGCAAAUGGAGAUGUUACUGCCUUGGCUAAAGAGCUGGAUGAGUUUGAAUUGCGUAAGAUGGAAGCUCGAGCAGUCACAGGCGUCUUGGCAUCCCAUCCAAACAGUACAGAUGUUCACAUCAGCAGUCUUUCGCUUACGUUCCAUGGCCAGGAGCUGCUGAGUGACACAAGCCUGGAGCUGAACUCAGGCAGACGCUACGGUCUUAUUGGCCUCAAUGGAACAGGAAAAUCCAUGCUCCUGUCUGCUAUUGCCCAUCGAGAGGUUCCCAUCCCAGAGCACAUAGACAUCUAUCAUCUGACACGCGAGAUGGCUCCCAGUGAGAAGACAGCAUUGCAGUGUGUCAUGGAGGUUGACGAUGAGAGGAUCAAACUAGAGAAGGAAGCAGAGAGACUAGCCCAUGAGGACUCAGAGUGUGAGAAACUGAUGGAGAUUUAUGAGCGUUUGGAGGAGCUGGACGCAGACAAAGCUGAAGUUCGAGCCUCACGGAUUCUGUAUGGUUUGGGCUUCACUCCAGCCAUGCAACGCAAAAAGCUAAAGGACUUCAGUGGUGGCUGGAGAAUGCGUGUCUCACUGGCCAGAGCUCUGUUUAUUAAGCCCUUCAUGUUGCUGCUGGAUGAGCCCACCAACCACCUUGACCUGGAUGCCUGUGUGUGGCUAGAAGAAGAGCUAAAAUCGUUCAAGCGAAUUCUUGUACUCAUCUCGCACUCCCAAGACUUUUUGAAUGGCGUUUGCACCAACAUCAUUCAUCUGCACAACAGGAAACUCAAAUACUACACUGGUAAUUAUGAUCAGUACGUAAAGACGAGGGAGGAGCUGGAGGAGAACCAGAUGAAACGCUACAACUGGGAGCAGGACCAGAUAGCGCACAUGAAGAACUAUAUUGCUCGAUUUGGUCACGGCUCAGCUAAACUUGCCCGCCAGGCUCAGAGCAAAGAGAAGACACUGCAGAAGAUGGUGGCCUCAGGCUUGACUUCCCGUGUAGUCAACGACAAGACUCUGUCAUUUUAUUUUCCUCCCUGUGGGAAGAUCCCCCCUCCUGUCAUCAUGGUGCAGAAUGUUUGUUUCAGAUAUUCUGAGGACACGCCAUAUAUUUAUAAGAACUUGGAGUUUGGCAUUGACCUGGACACACGGGUGGCUCUAGUGGGGCCCAAUGGAGCUGGGAAGUCCACACUACUGAAACUGUUGAUGGGAGAGCUCCUCCCAACUGAUGGUAUGAUCAGAAAGCAUUCACAUGUAAAGAUUGGCAGGUAUCACCAGCAUCUGACAGAACAGCUGGAGUUAGAUCUGUCGCCCCUUGAGUAUAUGAUGAAAUGCUACCCAGAGAUCAAAGAGAAAGAAGAGAUGAGAAAGAUCAUUGGACGCUAUGGCCUUACAGGCAAACAACAGGUGAGCCCCAUUAGAAACCUCUCAGAUGGUCAGAAGUGCCGUGUUUGCUUUGCCUGGCUGGCCUGGCAGAACCCCCACAUGCUGUUCCUGGAUGAACCGACUAAUCACUUGGAUAUUGAGACAAUUGAUGCACUAGCUGAUGCCAUCAGUGAGUUUGAGGGAGGGAUGAUGCUGGUCAGUCACGACUUCAGACUUAUCCAGCAGGUGGCUCAGGAGAUCUGGGUGUGUGAGAAGCAGACCAUCACGAAAUGGAACGGGGACAUUCUGGCAUACAAGGAGCAUUUGAAGUCAAAAAUCGAUAAACAGACGCAUGACGUUUAAAGCUCUAAAAACUGGACUUUUCCUUCUAUAUCAUGGAUAGAUUAUUUUCUUGCUCCUCUUAUUAUAUGCAUGUAAUCUAAGGACUUCAAACAGCACUGUUUUUUGGACUUCCCCUAAAACUUUUGAGAGUGGAUUGUAAAUUGCAUUUCAGUGCAUCAAUGUGCAGUCAUGGCAGAUCAAAAAUCGACUGCAUAUAUCUUCUGGCCCUUCGACAUGUGCAGAAUUCUACAACCCCAAUUCCAAUGAAGUUGGGACGUUGUGUGAAACAGAAUACGAUGAUUUGCAAAUCCUUUUCAAUCUAUAUUCAAUUGAAUACACUACAAAGACAAAAUAUUUAAUGUUC